AGGAUAUAUGCCUUAAUAAUUUCAAGUUAAGUAAACAAUGUUAUAACAAGGAUAUUUUGUUUUAAUGAAUAACAAAAAAUAGAUAUUUGGUACUCAUUGCCAUAUUCACGAAAUGGAGCGUAAAAUAAGACAUUAGGGUAAAUAACGCAUAGGGUAGUUCAGGUAAUGAAGGGAGAUAUCACAUAUAGACAAAUUGAAGAAUGAUAUACCAACGUGAACUAUCACUAUAUUUAAUCAUAUUGAUAUAAGCAAACGAUCAGAAAACAUCUAAGUAACAAUAUAUUGAGCAGCACGGGAGAUGAUGUACGAGAACAUGACACACACAGGACACUUACACACGGCCAACGGUCACAUGACUCCUGGAGGAAUAACACAUGGUCACAUGGCGCACGGAAACAUGGAAAGCGGUCACAUGACUCCUCGAGGGAUAACACAUGAACACAGGGCGCAUGGGAACAUGGAAAGCGGCCACAUGACCCAUGGAGGGAUAAAACAUGGACACAUGGCGCACGGGAAAAUGGUUUUUAGCGCUUCAUAUCAGAGCGAUUUCAUCUUAAAAGAUGUGAAGAUUUCCACUGUUGGCGGUAUAGUAGGAGCUAUGCUAGUCGUGAUUUUACUGGCAGCCUUUCUAGAGGGAUUCAAACAUUGGCUUUACAUUCGACAGAGAAAUGGAUCAGACCACACUCAAGUUAAAGGGAAAUCAAGACAAUUCACUUCCUUUUGGGACAACAUUGCUCGUAUUACUGCUUCACUACACAAGAUGCUAUCGGUGACCGUCGGCUAUCUUCUGAUGCUGUGUGUCAUGACAAUGAACGUGUGGAUGCUGGUUUCUGCUGUAAUUGGCGCUGGAGUAGGCUACUUACUCCUACGUCCUGCUGUAAGUGCCUGCUUUGCCAUGAGAAGAAGCAAGCAUGAUUGCAAUGAAAUAGGGAAACGUGAGGAAAUGAAUUUGGUAAAACAUUGAAAGGAAACAAAUGUGGAACACAUUGACAAAGAUUGCCUUUGCCUGAAGUGUUUUUUACAAAUGUCAGUAAGUUAUAACGGGGUAAAAUAUCAGUUGCUUGCAUACAAGAGCAAUAAAAAACCUUGUCACUUUGGUUGAAGAUGUACAUGUUAACUUUGUUAAACUUGAAAUAUAUUGUUCGAACGUGAUACGUUUAAUGUGUUUAUAUUAUUGUUUAAAAAUGCCAAGUCUA